ACCAUCGGUGCAAGCCUCUACCCUCACCGCCUCUUGCUUGCGAUUCGAGAUAAAUAAAAACAAAAUGCGACGACGCAACCUUACUAUUUUGGUUUGUUGUGCUCUUCUAGUCGAACAGAUUGUAGCAACCGAAGGUGUUUGUCAAAACCGGAAACGGGCCGAUUGUUUGUUUACUCUGGAAAGCGGUAACAGUUACUAUCGAAAAGGACGCUCUUCCGAUAUGGCCAGCAAACUGUUCGCUUGUGAUUUUGAAGUUUUCGGAAUAGUGCAAGGGGUGUUCUUUCGGAAGUACACUCAGAAGCAGGCUAUCACUUUGGGACUGAAAGGAUGGUGCAAGAACACCCGCGAUGGAACCGUUAAAGGGCAAAUGGAAGGCGAGGUAAAACCGAUGAAUGAGAUGAAGCACUGGCUACAAACCAAAGGAAGUCCCACUAGCCGCAUUGAUAAAGCUGUUUUCACUGAAAUGAAGGAAAUAACCAAAUUUUCGUUCAACGAUUUUUCUAUCAAGCAUUAGACUAGUCACAACAGCACACUUCAUUAUUUUAAAUAUAAUUUCUGGGGCCAAUCCACAUUUGACAUUGUUUUUGCAAUAUACGAGAGCUCCGGAAAGCAUGUGAAGCGUGUGUUAUUAUAGACCUAUUUACGCGUUCAUAUCUACAAGACGAGUGGUGCCGAUGCCCAUUUUUUCAACAGCUGUAUUGAAUUUUGUGUAUUUCCCAAUAAUUUCGACCAUACAUUUGCAAUGCCAAAAAAUUACA